UCCUAGGACAACUUGUGAUGGGACCCAAAGGGGACAGAGGAUUUCCCGGGCCUCCAGGAAGCUGUCUUUGUGGAACCCGUAUGAAUGUGAAUAACCCCUCCUACAGGGAAUCCAUGUUUGGGCCCAGUUCCACGCACGUUCCUGUGAUUUUUGUCGUCAACAACCAGGAGGAGCUUGAGAGGCUGAACACCCAAAACGCCAUUGCAUUCCGCAAAGACCAGAGAUCUCUAUACUUCAAGGACAGCCUUGGCUGGCUCCCCAUCCAGGUGACCCCCUUCUACCCUGUGGACUACACUAUAGACCACCGCGGCUCCUGUGGGGAUGGGGUCCUGCAGCCCGGGGAGGAGUGUGACGACGGGAACAAUAACGUGGACGAUGACUGCAUCAGCUGUCACCGGGCCUACUGUGGAGACGGUCACCAGCACAAGGGCGUGGAGGACUGUGACGGCUCUGACUUUGGCUACCUGACGUGUGAGACCUAUCUCCCUGGGUCGUAUGGAGACCUGCAGUGCACCCCGUACUGCUACAUCGACUCCACGUCCUGCCGCUACUUCACAUGAGGGCCGCGAGGAGGAGGAGGGCUGCGUCUUACGUAACCGGCAGCAGCUUCUCCACCCUCAGCAAAUUGACUUCGCGCCAUCCUGGUCCAGUUUCCACCACCUUCGUGCGACAACAACAAGGACAAACUCUUGCUGCUAAGACAUGCUUGUAACUCAGUCUGACUGGAAGAACUUAGGACUACUGCAUCCUGUCUUAAUCCAGAGUCCAGGAAAACCUUCCACGUGCCCGACCCGGGAACUGUUCCCCAUUGCUACCAUCUGGCCGAAUAGCCAAACCUACAGUGCCCUUUCUCUUCUGGAAUGUUACUGACCCACACCAUGGACUUGGCUUAGAACUGUUAGCCCCACCUAGACCUGCAGGGCCUUUUGAAUUUGUUCUCCUCCCACUUGGGGCAUCUGGUGUACAGGCCUCUCCACUCCUCUGAUCUCUGGAAAUGUGGGCAUUCUCACCCAGGGCAGUCGGCUGUCAGGUCUCUCCAGGCCCAUGAACCACAAAGCAGGGAAGUGGGCCCGUUCUCUCGGAGUGGCUCCCAGCUCUGGACCCACUGAGGAACCCCUCAACUGGCUACGGCCCAGCACAGCCUCAUGUGGAUGCAGCUUCCCCAAGAAGAGACCCAACUGUGAAAAGGUCCUGAGAAGGCCACCAAAAUGGUGCUCUGGCCCUGGAAGAGGGUGGAGGCCCAGCUGGGGUGCUCAGCAUGUGAACAAUAGCAGAUCAGUGGCCUUCUGCUUCUCAGUGUUUCCCAAAGGGGUAGCCCUUGUGGUUUCACUGUCCCCAGCACCAUCUUGACCUUGUGGCCCUCGGCACCUUGACCUCUGUCUUGCAAAUGCCCCUUAUGUCCCUUUCUUAUUCAGGAAAUUCACUACCAGAGGGUGACCUCCUAAGUCUACACUUGGGCAGGCUUUUGGUGUUUCCAGUCCUUAGGAAUGCACCACUCUGGGUUUCCCCAUGUGAGGCCCUAUGACUGAGUACCUGCCCUAGGCAGAGACCAUUUCUCCUGAGCUCCAGCUCCUGGCUACCUGCUGACUCCUGUGUGCAUCCCGUGGCCUUCCCUUUGUGUCUCUGUAGUGCAUUGCCUUGCCCUCAUGUCUGUGUGCCUGAGCCCCCCCACGUUUCUGCAGGGUCGUUAGUCUGGCCUGUCUGUGAGCUGCCUUAUACCACCAUCUUUCCUGAGUGGGGCUUGCUUAGCUUUGGUUCGCAAAGAUGUCUCCCCCAUGGCAGACCUCAAAUGGGAUUUGUCUAUUUGUUACCAGAUGGAGGGACACUUUGGGGCUUUUGUACGAAGCUAGUGUGCCUGAGUCCUAGGGACUCAGUAGACAGGAGCUUCUGGCCCAGCAGACCAUCACUAGUGGUCUGUAGUAGAUGGGAUCAGCCCAAAGGUGAUGUCUUUAGAGGUGGGCACACUGGUCAGCCCAGUUCCCUCAGCCUCUACUGCACACCUUAGGGUGAUAUUGCCCCCAUGUAAAGCUACACCUUCAUGCUGGGAUCUCCAUAUGGGAAAUCAAGCAAUACAAGCAGUUUGUUUCCCUCACUGUGGCUCUCUUUCCCUUGGGGUUUUGGGCCAGUGUCCCAGCAUUACUGUUUGGAAUGAGGGGUCUGAAUUCACUGCCUCCCAGGCUUUGCAAAGGGUUCUAGAAUGUGGAGCAGUACUGUCCCUCAGGGACAAGGGAGGAAACCGAUGUUGAGAGAGAUGGAGGGACUUACCUAAGGCCACAAAGCCUGCUCUUGCUAACCCAGCGCCACUCCGGCCUUAUUUUAGGACCACAAUUAAAACAAGAUGGAGCUCCAGCACCGCCCUUGGUUGGACCUGGCCACAUAAGGCCCUGUCCCGGGUCCCUUGCCUUGAAGGGCACCAAUCUGGCCCUCCUCUGGCCAUGACCCUCCCCACAGGUCAGGGAGUCUGUGAGGCCAAGGUGACCUUCCCACUGUAGCUUGUGCACCCCUCUCCCAGACCAUGAUCCAGGUACCCAGGAGACCACAGUUCCCAUCCAGGUGGUCCUGAGCAGGCCUCUUUGCCAUGUCUGUUCUCCUGAGUUUGACCUGCACACACCUGGGUGGCCAGGGACAAGCUGUGUUUAGAGGUUGUAGAUGGGGCUUGGUUAUGCGGGCUGGGGUUUCCACACAGAUAUACACGAAGCCCCUCUCAGUGUGGGCUGAGCCUUGUUCUCCUUGCGCCACCACAGAACUUUGAGGAAUCUAAAUAUUCCAAAUGCAAACCCAGCCUUCCAAGUACUUAGGAAGCAGUGCUUGGGAAGAUGGUAGGACAAAUUUUCUAAGCAUCAUGGGACAGAUACACUGGUCAUCCAUCACUCUAAUACAGGCCUGGAGGACACAUGGGUCAAAUUGCUCAAGAAAUCUCCAAACCUCAUAAUUAAUGGGCCAACCAUGCUCCAGUGACUGCUUUACUUGAGUUGUCCCCCUCUCCUUUCCUCCCCUGUAGUGGAGUGAACCAAUUUCAAUGAAACUCAGAUCUUGCAUUUGUGUGGUAACAAUGAGCUCACAGAUCAAGGAUCUUGGCAAGUCAUCAAGGAGACUUAUACUUCAGCAACCCACAGUUACCACCCAUGGGCCCAGAGGCUCCAGGAGUGUGGUUUCCAUCUCCAUUUGUAACCACUCUGAGAGGCUGCAAAUCACACAAGAGUAAUGGGUUAAGGACUCCCCACCCCACAUCAUCCAGUUCCUUCCCUCCCCUGCCCCUGGGGUGGGGGGAAACAGAGGAAGAGAACUCACACUGCCUUUAUCAGAGGGGAUUCCUCUCUGGGGGUUCACCUCAGUUCUUUGCAGCCCCGGACAGUUGACUUUUGGAGUCAGACAGCUCAACAAGAAACAAACUCACUAAAGGAAAAAUGGGCUAUUUCCCCUGCCCUCUGUUCCCCUUUGUCCCACUACCUUUACAAAAAGAAAUAGGGGUCCAUGUAAUAAUGAAAUCCUGCUGCCAAGAUGCUGGUAUCUCAAGAGAAUUGGUCAUUAUUUUGGUCUUGCCAUCCUUCUACCCCCUCAAUACCUCUUCUGGAAUUUGGGUUUUGAUGUUCUGACUCAUAAGGAGUACCACACCCCACUGCAUGUGCUACUCCAGGUUAUUCUCCAUCCAACACCUAGCACGGGAAAUUGAAGGCAGUCAUCCCUAGUCGUGGAUCAUCACUUGAGGCCCAUCACAGGAGACUGUCUUCUUAGGGCAGAGGUUUAAAGCUUUAGGGUUUAUAAGGAUGACCUGAAGGCUUGUCAAAAGAGAUUACUGGGACCCACUUCGGAGUUUACGAUUCAGCAGGGUGGGACUUGAUAAUUUCUACUUCUAACAAGGUCCUGAUGGUGCUGGACCCAGGGACCACAUUUUAAGAGCCACUACUCUGGGAAAAUGUCUCAUCUGAGACCAGAUACACUGGGGGAGAGGAGGACUUUGGGUAGGUGGCUUUUUUAAUACUCUUCCAUUAAGGAGGAGUCCCUUCCUCUUGAAUCUAGGUCGGCUUUUGAUGGUUCAGACCAAUAGAAUACUGUGGAUGUGAUGCUGUGUGACGUCCAAGGCUAGGUCAUCUACGGCCAAGCAGCUUCUUGGGACACUCAUUCUAGGGGAAAGCAGCCAUCAUGAAGGAAGACCAACUACCUAGAGACUGCCAUGUCAGAGAGGCUCUGCUUGAUAGUCCCAAAUGAACCUGCUUCCAGCCAUCCCCACCAUGGUGCCACACGUGUGAGUGAAGCCAGUUUGGAUUCUCCGGUCCUGCCCAUCUGCCACCUAAGUAACACUGAGCGACCUCAGUCGAAGCCCCAAGGAGAAUUGCCCAGCCAAGCUCUAUCCUAAAUCCUAACCAACAGAUUCCAGGAGAUAAAAUGGUUUUAAGCCACUAAGUUUUAGGGUAGUUUGUUCCUUAGCAAUAGGUAACAAAUAGUGCUUUAGGUUGGAAAGCUUAGAGAGGAAGUCAACUACUCUGAACAGGGCAAAGUGCGAAGUCCAGAGGGGCCGCUGGCUUGGCUUUGGUGCCCUCUGCAGGAACCAUGAAUAGAAAUUGGCCUUAACUCCUACGUGGACUUUUAUUUAUCUGCCCAGGAGAAAAGUCAGGCCGAGAGGGGACUUAGUGAUCGUAUGGCCCAGGGUUCUCAACCGUGGUGGGGAUGUGGGUAUGUGGAGGUAGUAGACUGACUGCAAUAACCGCCUAAUUCUCACACCUCUCCAACGUACUUUGCAACUCCUCCCGUCCGCUGGUGGAAGGCACAGUAUUUGCCCACCCCUUGAUUCUGAACCUGACCCUGCGACUUGCUUUGGCCAAUGACAUGUUAGCAAUUGUGACAGAGGCAGUGGUGUUUUCUCUCUCAAUCUGGCACCUCUGCCUCUGCCAUGACAAUAUGCCUAUGCUAGGCUGCUAGAUGUUAAGUCACAUGGAGCCCACCUGAAUUGGCCAAGGCCAUCGUGGGUCAGCUGAAUCUGUCAACUGCCAGACAUACGGAGCCCGGUCAAGACCAGACUGUCCAGGCACUCCCAGUCUAAAUCAUCAAUCCAGACUUGUAAGCAAAAUAAAUGCUUAUUUUAAGCCACUG